CAAGAUCAAAAAAUUUCCGACUUGAAAGUUCUCUGUCUCUCUCUCUCUACCUUCAUUUCACAGAGAAACAGAGUAGUAUUUUCUUCGUAUUCAUUGCAAAGCUCUGAAUCGCGAGACCACAAAAUCGAACGAAGGCAGGUCUCUAUUGGCCGUCGAAUCUGCAAGGCAAAACUCUAGAUCCGAGUUGAUCUGUUUUCGAUCGGCCUCAGCAUUCUGAAAAUUGGAUCCACUGGAUCGGAGACCAUGCCGGUGGCUGCUUCCGCCAUAUACUUCUUGAAUCUCCGCGGCGAUGUCCUCAUCAAUCGCCUCUACCGCGACGACGUUGGGGGAAAUAUGGUGGAUGCCUUUCGAACGCAUAUAAUGCAAACAAAAGAACUCGGUACAUGUCCUGUGCGGCAGAUUGGAGGCUGUUCUUUCUUUUACAUGAGAAUUAGCAAUGUCUAUAUUGUGAUUGUUGUCAGCAGCAAUGCUAAUGUAGCAUGUGCAUUCAAGUUUGUUGUUGAGGCUGUUCAUCUGUUCAAAUCAUAUUUUGGUGGGGCUUUUGACGAAGAUGCUAUUCGUAAUAAUUUCGUUUUGAUUUAUGAGCUGUUGGAUGAGAUCAUGGACUUCGGUUAUCCCCAAAAUCUUUCUCCAGAAAUUCUGAAGCUUUACAUCACUCAGGAAGGAGUACGCUCACCAUUCUCAUCCAAGCCUGCAGAUAAACCAGUCCCUAAUGCAACCUUACAAGUUACAGGUGCUGUUGGCUGGCGUAGAGAGGGUCUUGUUUAUAAAAAGAAUGAGGUCUUUCUGGAUAUUGUGGAAAGUGUCAAUCUUCUUAUGUCGUCAAAAGGUAGUGUUUUGCGUUGUGAUGUUACUGGGAAAAUUCUGAUGAAGUGCUUUCUUUCUGGAAUGCCUGAUUUGAAGUUGGGUUUAAAUGAUAAAAUUGGCCUUGAGAAAGAGUCGCAAAUUAAAUCACGUCCUACUAAGAGUGGGAAAACUAUAGAGCUCGAUGAUGUUACUUUCCAUCAAUGUGUAAAUCUGACAAGGUUUAACUCAGAAAAGACUGUUAGUUUUGUGCCACCAGAUGGUGAAUUCGAAUUGAUGAAGUAUCGUAUUACUGAGGGUGUAAAUCUUCCAUUCCGGGUGUUGCCAACAAUUAAGGAACUCGGUCGAACACGCAUGGAAGUUAAUGUUAAGGUAAAGAGCGUCUUUGGUGCGAAAAUGUUUGCGCUCGGAGUUGUUAUAAAGAUUCCAGUACCAAAGCAAACAGCAAAAACAAGUUUUCAAGUGACAUCAGGUCGAGCUAAAUACAAUGCAGCUAUUGAUUGCUUGGUGUGGAAGAUAAGGAAAUUUCCUGGACAAACUGAGCCAACCUUAAGUGCAGAAGUAGAGUUGAUUUCAACGAUUGCAGAAAAGAAGUCUUGGACCAGGCCACCAAUUCAGAUGGAAUUCCAGGUUCCUAUGUUUACAGCAUCUGGAUUACGUGUUCGUUUUCUUAAGGUAUGGGAAAAGAGUGGGUACAAUACAGUUGAGUGGGUCCGUUAUAUUACCAAAGCCGGUUCGUAUGAGAUUAGGUGCUAGAAACAAUUUGAGGUUCGUCUGCAGGUAUGGGAAAAGAGUGUGUACAGUACACUUGAGUGGGUCCGUUAUAUUACCAAAGCCGGUUCAUACGAGAUUAGGUGCUAGAAACAAUUCGAGGCUGUGAAAUUUCUCCAAGGACUUCUCUCGCAUGGAGAGGUGGAGGAACGUGUUUGGGUACAAGAAAUUAUCACACACAAUUGGUUUGUGAAUGAGGUGAGGUAUAAAAGGCCUAUAUUACCUGCACUGAGAAGACGCUGCUCAGCAUCUGGUUCUUGGGUUAUUCGAGGCUUUUACAUCUUCUCGUAGAUUGUUUUUGUGUGUGUUGAUAGAAAUUAUUUGUGGUGUCCAAACAUUGUUUUGAUGAUGAAUUCUAAAGGUUAGAACUUCCAUUAGGACUUAAAUUGUAUUCUAUCAGAUUUUGGCACAAUUAUAUAUGUUUUGUCACAUUUGUGCGUGAAUGUUGUUGUUU